CCUCUUGUCUCGUUACAAAAUAUAUAUCUAUCAUCCUCUUUUCUCUCUACAGACUUGCCAAGGCAACUACGUAUCUACAGCCCCGGGGGGGCUCUGGUGGAGGGCGUAGCGUCAGUACAAGAGGACCAGCCUCUCACCCUCUCCUGCAGAGCAACAGGAGGUGAACCUCUCCCCAACGUCACGUGGUGGUCGGGGCCAACAUUGCUGGACUCAGAGGCUGAGGAGUGGCAGGAGGGCGGGUCCUCACUGGCCACGCCCACUGCCACGCCCACCGCAUCUUACGUGACCAACACCCUGCACGUGGCCGCCCUCACGCGCGCCCACCUCGCCCACAACCUUACCUGCACGGCGGCCAACACGCCCGCACUCCCGCCCUUGAGUGCCUCAGUCUUCCUGCGAGAGACAGACUCCGAGCUGAGGGUAGAGAUGCAGGCGCCUACGGGGAAGCUGUCUGGAGGUCGCCAAUACGACAUGAGGUGUGAGGCCUCGGGUGUGAUGCCCCCACCAGUCCUCACCUGGUGGCUCCGAGGACAACACCUCACACACAACAUCCACGUG